AUUGAAAAUGUAUUUGGUUUGAGGUCUGGCAAAAAAAAAAAAAAAAGGAAACAAAAAACAUAAGCCAAAAUUAACAAUGGACGACGACAACACGAAGCAGCGGGAAACGCACGUGCAACUGCCCGAUGCGAACGUGAACGAAACGGAGACGGACGAGCUGCAACAGCAGCAGCAGCAGCAGCAGCGGCCGCAACAGUCACAGCAGCAACAGCUGCAGCUGGAACUGGAACUGGAGCUGGAGGAAGGAGUUCGGGUGAAGCCGAGAUUUGUAAACUUCGACUGGCAGCAGCGCCAGCAGCUAGACGAGGCCAAGGCUCUCGUCAAGGAUAUGAUUGACUAUAUGCUGUCGGCAAGCGAAACUGAAAAGGAUGCAGAGGAAGCCAGCAAAAUAGUGCAGCUGGAGCAGACAACAGCAGGAGCAGGUGCAGCAGUUGAAGCAGUUGCCAGUUCAGUGCAGUCGACCGAUGCGCGUUUGCAGCGCAUUCUGCGACUGCUCGACUGCUACACCCGCAAUUUGGAGGAACACGUGCUGAGCGUGAGACGCGGCGAGACUUGCACCUGCACGGAGCUACAAUUGACUCAGAACUGUGAGCUGGGCACACAGACUUUGCCCCUGAAUAGCCUGCGAGUGGAUGUCACCAGCACAAUCAGACCCAAGAUCAAUGCCCGAGGCAUUCAGCUGCAAGAACAGCAGCAGCAGCAGGAGCAGCGACAACCACAACAGCAAUCACAGCAGCAACAGCAAACUCAUUCAGAUACAACCUCAACCACACCCGCACCCUUACCUGCAGCAGCAGCCACAGCCACAGCCGCAGUCGCUCCCUGUGAGCGCAGAUAUCACACAAUCACAAUUAGCGCGAAUACCACCUCGGCGUAUGCCUCACGUCCGCGGCCGAACACGCUGCUCGGCCGGAUCGGGCAUACGCUGGGCGACUUUGCUGGUGCCUUCUGCCUGUGCCUGCAGGUGAACAAGGAUUGUGUAUUUUGUCUGGGCUUCUUUAUAGCCUUUGUGAUAAGUGCCAGCUUUCUGACCGCGUUCUUCUAUCGCACCAUUAAUCUGACGCAGUCGUUGCGGCCCAGUCCCAUUGACUCCGGCGAUUCUGCGGCAACGCCCGGCAAUAUGGUCACACUGCGUUUCAACGGCGGCUAUUAUUACAUCUACAACAGCCAGCGGCAGAAUUUUCUAUAAGUCGGAGUCAUCUACUCAAGAUGCGUCAAAGGUGCAAAUUAACAUUUUAUUUUAUGUUUUGAAAACUCCCCUAGAGUAUUAGUCGCGUAUUUUUCUCCCACAUACGUAUGAAAUACUAUUAAAAACAAAAGCAGGCUCCAUUUUGUUUUGGAUACCAAA